GAAUUGUAAUUCAUUAUCAUUCAGAGUGUCACAGGACUAGACACUUAGUUCAUAAUCAGUAACAAAAACGCAUUCACUGACCUCCACACAUGAGCUGCUGACUGGCAAGGCCCGCAUCCCGUGAAAACCUUCAGUGAUGGAUUUGAACCUGGAGUCCACUGGAACGUCGAGGCCUGUGAGACCAGAGCAUGCGGAUGUACCUUUACUAGAGCUAAAUAAAACGGAAGCAUUAUCAGCACAGUCCUCAGAGGAUCCCACCCACAGGUCUGACUCGGCAUCAAUGGAUUCACACGAUGAUUCUUCCAGCUGUGUCAAACCCACUGAGACUCAAGGGCUGGAGUUGUCCACAUUAGAAGGAGCAGGAUCUGUGGCACCCGGAGACGUUCACUUAGAAAAUCCCACCGUGGGUUCCGAAUCAAUCUUGUUGGAUUUAAAGGACAGUUCUCCCCACAUUGCCAAACCCACUGAUACUCCAGUGGUGGAACUGCAUGCAAUCAAUGUAGAAACAGCCCCCGGUAUUAGCUCAGGAAACAUCACCCAUGGAUCCGAAUCAAUCUUGUUAGAUGAUCUCAGUAGAAUCAUACCUGCUGUGACCAAUGAAGUGGUUCCUCUAUUAGAGGCGACAACAUCUACAAUGUCACCAGAAUCGGUCUCCACGUCAGUGCGUCGCAGACGGUGGCGCCGACGAUUCAGACCACGUAGACGACCUCCUCGAGCCACCAAGAAGAUCCUGGCCCUCCUGAUGGCAGUCACCAUCCUUUCCAUCAUCGUACUUGGCAUUUACUUCACUGUGAGACAUUUGGAGAGGCCGAUUGAGAAGAAAAACUUGAUCCCAACCGGUGGCAACCAACCCACCACAGACUGCAACGCCACUGAGCAAAACUCCAGCAACAAUGCUCCACUCACAGUUUCUUUCAGAAUUAAUUCUGAGAAUUCGCUAUUGGAGAUAUAUAACCAAUCUGGCUGGCUUCCUGCAUGUGACACCAAGUGGAAUUCCUCGCUGGGUAAACAGAUGUGUAAAUACAUGGGACAUAUCGAAUACCUGGGCUGGAGUGUAAUUAGUGUGAGUGAGAUUGAACGUAAUUACACACAGGGUUUCGCCGAGAUUACUGAUGAGCUGGACAGCAAUUUAGAGAACAUCUGGAGCCACAGGACCAGCUGUACAUCUGGAAAUGUAAUAGCAUUGAAAUGCUCUGUUUGCGGAGAGAAGCACGACUUCUCCAUGAUAAUUGGAGGGAGUGAAGCAGCGAAGGGGAGCUGGCCCUGGCAGGUCACCCUGUACAUGAACUACAAGCACACAUGUGGUGCCUCCAUCCUCACCCAGUACUGGCUCAUCACCGCAGCUCACUGUGUGUACAGGUCACCACUGGCACGCUACUGGCGGGUGUAUGUUGGGAUUGUGGACAGAGAACUCAUUCUAUUCACCAGCCUUCCCACCUACGUAGUGGAGAAAGUAAUCUACAGCAACAGCUACAACCAUGAAACGCACGACUAUGACAUUGCCCUGAUGAAGCUGACAAGACCUAUUACAUUUUCAAAUACAGUGAGGGCGAUCUGUCUGCCCAGAUACAAUCCGCACAUGGUCUCGGGUAGGAAGUGCUGGAUAUCAGGCUGGGGCCAAGCAAGCGCAGAUGCCUACGAUACGGAAAAUAAAUUAAUGGAAGCAUCUGUGCCUCUAAUCAGCACUGAGCGAUGUAACAGCAGCUGUAUGUACAACGGGGCCUUAACACCAAGAAUGCUGUGCGCUGGAUACAGGGAGGGCAAGGUGGACGCAUGCCAGGGUGACAGCGGUGGACCACUGGUAUGUGAGGGCAUCAACACCUGGCAUCUCAUCGGGGUGAUCAGUUGGGGGCUGGGCUGCGCUGAAGCUAAUCACCCUGGAGUCUACACAAAGGUUUCAGAAUUCAGGGAAUGGAUAUACAGUGUUAUUGAGGAAUAGCACAAGCCUAUGGCUCAGAAAGCAUUCAAUCAUCUACUGGAGCAACAAGAAGAAUGCUUUACAGAAGCAGAAUGGAACAACCCUCAGUGUAAAGAAGGUUAAUGCUAUUUGUUGCAUCCGACCCAUGGAGUGAGAACCAUUUUGCUUCCCCAGAAUAAGCUCAGAGACCUGGUUUUCCCAAAUGGAUAUCAGUGGACUUUCAUGUUGGCUCCUUAACUCUGCAUCAUUGACUCUUACAAACAAGUGGUUUGCCUCAUUAAAUACCAACAUCAUGGAACUAAAAGUGUACCACUAUGCACCUCAAUGUUUUGUGCAUUUCUUCAAUGCAUUGUUUGAGAAUCUGCAUCUGUUUUGACACAAAUAAUAAGAUGAGCCGUUCUCAAAUCACUUUGGCCAUCAUAGCUGAUGAUCAGGUUCAGUGAAAAUGUUCAAAUCAGGACUGAAGCAAAACAUAAAAAUGAUCUUUUUAGCUUAUAUUUCACUUCAUUUGGAGUGCUGUAAUGAUGGCUCUUGCUGUGAAUAUGUGGUAGCUGGCAAAAUAAACAUUGUUUUUCAAACUG